AUGAGCAGCAACGAGGCACCAGCUUCCCACAUCCCUCCAGAGGCCAUCGAGUUCGCUAGCCGCCUGUAUAAUGCCGCGAGGGCUGGACAAAUGGAUGUCUUUGAACAAGCACUCCCUGCUGGUUUGCCAGCUAAUCUAACUAACGAAAAGGGGGACACUCUUCUCAUGCUUGCGGCUUAUCAUGGACAUGCUGAUCUGGUGAAACUGCUCAUCCAGCAUGGCGCGGACCCAAAUCGUGUAAACGAUAGAGGCCAGAGCCCCUUAGCUGGUGCCAUCUUCAAGAAGGAGGAUGCUGUCAUUGAGGUAUUGUUAGAAGGCGGUGCUGAUCCAGACCAUGGCUCCCCUUCCGCACUCGAUUGCCUCUCUAUGUUUAAGCAAGAGGAGAAAUGGGGUGAAAAGUUUAACACCGCUCCAGGUAAAGGAAAGGCUGGGAAACCCGCAUCUGGAUAA